CUUACAACCCAACAAAUCAACCUAAACCCUCAGCAUGACAGAGGCAGACCCCAGCAGUCCCCAACGUCUUUCGGAAGACGUCAUGUACGUCCUCUUGGGACACGUCGGCGCCACCGCCAGCCCUUCCGCCCUCACCACCUUUCUGCGUGUCUCCCGCUCCUUCCACAAAAGGCUUAUUCCCUUCCUCUACAAAACACCAAAUCUUACCCAGCGGAACGUCCCCGGCUUCCUCUUCGGGCUCUCUUCUACCGACAAAAUUGAUGACGAUGAGAGGGAACAAUGGUGGCAAGGAGACGUAGCGGACAAAAAGUCGGCUGUUGCGAGAAGGCUGGCUAUGCUGGGACAUGUGCAGUCCUGCGUCUUUGAGGAUUAUGACGCUGUAAUCAUGUGCGAUAUAGCGGUCGUUGAGUUUCUCUCGCAGGGUCGUGACAGCCCGCCCAUUAAAUGGACCGGGCGCCCGUUGCCUCCUUUUCUAUCGUCGCGCUCCCACCUGUUGAGAUAGGGCCCCAUGGCGUGUUAGGGUCCCGUAGAAGUUUUCUUCCAUCCCCUUUUUGUCUACGCCACGUUUCUUGAACUCUAUCUAUUUAUAUCUUUUUCGUCCGCUCUGUCUCCUAUAUAUAUUCCCAUAGCUUAGCUUCUUAAUUCCCCACCAUUCUGGUCAUCUGUGUGUGAUAGAUGUACACUGUGACUGAUACAGGAACUAGGACGUUCUCACCACCCUCGUCCACCUCUCCCACAAAUUUGAGGCUUAGCAAUUCCCGCAUUUGAUGACGAGGAUCUACGGGUCCAGACAUUUCAAUCGAUGCUGGGGCCGUUUGGGGUGCUGUUGAUCCAACAGCCAGCAGAUCUACCGGGACUACAUUAGUUUGACGUGCCAUAUCUGAGACCAAUCUGCCGAAGGGCUGAGCCCCUCGUGCUGGUGAUCAAUGACUACGACAAUAUCAACCUCGCUGGGAUACUAUCUUCCUCCCAACGCGGUAUUGCAAUGCACCUCCGGGGCAGUGUGAACACUCGGUCGAUCGCACACACUGAGCAAGUCGUUGUGUUCUUGUCGUGAAUCUGCCUCAUUCUACAUCUAUACCAAGCUCUCACUGAUGUCAUCCCACUAGAAAGCACAUGAGAGUCAUACGUGAACCCCUCUUCUACAUCAUAUAUAAUUUCAACAUGGAUGAGCAGAUCUAUACGGCCACUCUAACGGUAAACGAGUCAGAAACUUGAUCCUCAACCGUGCUUUCGCGGCAGCCUCCCAAUCGCCUCAAGAGAGGAUCGUGAGGCUGGGGGUCAUCAUGCAAGGCCUUCAGUCGAAUACUGCUACGGUGUAGAGGAUGAGGGAUGAUUUUUUUUGAUAUGAUGAAGAAAGGUCGAGGGACAGAUUAUAUUUUGUUGACUGAAAAGGGCAGUUAGUCCAUCAGCUGCAUCUACUUAAUAUAACAC